UUGUGACGUCUGUCAACUUGCAAAUCAAGUAAAUCGUGACUUUCAAAAUAUAAGUUUACAUUGUUGGACUUUCUGUUUUCUUCAAAUAAAAAGCAAUUUUAAGAAACAUAAACCAUGCCUAAGGUGUCUGUAAAAGUUAAAUGGGGUAAGGAGACAUUCCCUGGUGUGGAAGUCAACACAGAUGACGAUCCAGUGGUGUUCAAGGCACAAAUUUUUGCCUUAACUGGUGUACAACCUGAAAGACAAAAAGUAGUUUGCAAAGGUGUCACCCUAAGAGAUGAUUCUUGGGCCAACUUUAAACUUACCAAUAAUGCCUUAGUGCUGGUUAUGGGUAGCAAAGAGGAAGAUGUGCCCUCCGCUCCAGUGGAAAAAACCAAAUUUGUGGAGGACAUGAAUGAGUCAGAGCUGGCUACUGCUCUCGAUCUACCAGAGGGUCUGGUCAAUUUAGGCAACACAUGCUACAUGAACGCAACAGUACAGUGCCUUAAGACAGUCCCAGAACUAAGAAAUGCCUUACUCAAUUAUGACCAAUCUUCCGGAGGCGGAACUGCUGGUAGUCUAACAUCAGCGCUGAGCGACACAGUGCGGGCAUUAGACGGGGGUGGUGCUGGUUCAUGUGCUGCAGCCGCUGCACGACUGCUGCAAGCGCUUCACGAUGCAGCGCCGAGACUCGCUGAGUGGGGCUCUGAUGGACAUCUAGCGCAACAGGACGCUUCUGAGUGUUGGACCGAGAUUGUACGAGCAUUGAGGAUGAGGCUGCCCAUGCCCGCACCGGAAAGCAAAUCGUUCAUCGAGAAAUAUUUCGGCGGCACCCUGGACGUGGAGCUAGUGUGUAGCGAAGCGGACGAGCCACCGACCAAAUCAUCUGAGUCUUUCCUACAACUGUCCUGUUUUAUCUCCCAAGAUGUCAAGUAUCUGCAGUCUGGACUUAGAUCUAAAAUGUCAGAACAAAUCACGAAACUGUCACAGACAUUAGGAAGGGAUGCUGUUUAUACGAAAACAAGCAAAAUAAGUCGUCUACCAGCGUACUUGACAGUGCAAUUCGUGAGGUUCUACUAUAAAGAGAAGGAGUCGAUUAACGCGAAAAUACUCAAAGAUGUUAAAUUCCCUCUGGACUUAGAUGUUUAUGAACUGUGCUCGCCGGAAUUGCAAGAGAGACUGACUCCUAUGCGGAAUAAGUUUAAGGAACUUGAAGAUGCAUCCGUGGAAACGUCUCUUGCUGCGCGUAACAAGAACCAGGGUGACAAUCAGAACGUCAGGAAAAAGAAAAUAAUGCCGUACUGGUUUGAAGACGACAUCGGCAGCAACAACAGCGGCUACUACCGCUUGCAGGCGGUACUCACGCACCGCGGCCGCUCGUCGUCCUCCGGGCACUACGUGGCGUGGGUCGCGCGCGGGGCCGGCUGGCUGCGCUGCGACGACGACGCAGUCACGCCCGUCACCGAGGAGGAGGUGCUGAAGCUGAGCGGCGGAGGUGACUGGCACUGCGCAUACCUGUUGCUAUACGGACCAAAAGUGUUAGAAAUCCCCGAUGAAGAUGAACCCAUGGUCACUGAGGUCACAGAAGACACGGCUGGUGACCCGCCCACUGCGCUCGCGUAGACUGCUAAAAAUGGGAACUUUUUGCAUUGACGUCCUAUAAACAACUAGACUCAUAGUCUAUUAAAAGUUCAAAUAAUGUCCGAACAUAUAAAUAAAAUAAAACAUUAAAAUUGUCACCUUAUUUCGUGGCAGUAAGGUUCAAAGUCACGUAUAUGCCCGAUAGAAAAACUCUACCUAAUAGACGCGCAGGCAGAGUUUGGAUAAUUUUCGUGCGUGAUUGUAAAUCUCGUUGUUUAUUACGCGUCAAUGAUUUCGCAUAAAAAAUUGUGAAAAUAUAAAAUUAAAAUAAAAACGACAUGAUAUUUAAUACAAGAAUUAUAAUAAAAUGGCUUUUUAUUAAUAAAACCGCUUGACGAUUUGAUAUUGCAUUGUGCAUUUUUGUCACAGCCUUUAUGAUGCCUUCUUCGAUUGCAUGUGAUGACAUCGUGCAUCGGUUGUAAUGAAAAAUCUGUUGAAUAUUGUUAUAAAUUAAUAAUUCAGUGUCAAAAAGCAAUAAAUAGAUUUAAUAUUGAAAAUACGUCAUUUCAUUGCGAAUUAAAAUAUAAGACUAAUUAAGAAAUAUUUAAAAUUAAGGCAUUUACAUGUAUACUGUCCAUAGCGGCAAUUAAUUCUAUGAUGCAUUCGAUUCAAUAAAAUAAAAAUUGGCAAUAUAACUUUACAGGUUACUCAUAAAAUUCGCGCAUUUUGCGGCUGUUUUCUAAGAAUUUCGUAUUUUUGCUUACGAAUAGUUGCACAAAAUGAAUAAAAUAACAACGAAACUGUUUUGCCAUAUUAUAUUUAUUAUAAUUUCUCACAUUUUGCAUUUUUGUUGUAAGCUCCAAUCAUACAAAACACAACUUCUUUAAAUUGCUAACAAAUUUUAUUUAUUGCUAUAAGACAAUUGAGUCAUUGGUCAGUGUUUAGUAAGAUUAAUAUAUAUUUUAUUUUAUUUAUUGAAAUUGCAUUUAAAAUGCCUCGAUUCAUUACCUUCCGAUUGCCUACAAUUAUUGUCGACUGUUCUCCAAGUUUUCAUAUUACAAAAUAUGUAUUGGAUAUUUGAAUUUUAUAAGACUAAACUUCAACCGGAAAUAAAUUUCUUUUUAAAUAU